CGUUCCGCCCAUGCGCAGUGCGGGCUCGCUUGGCUCCGGUGGCAGCGGAGCGGAGAUCCCAGCACCAUGUCCGCGAAGCGCUCCGGCAGGAAGAAACGGGUGUCGGAGGAGGAUUCUCCUGGGAGGAAGAGGACUAAAGUGAACCACCCCUCCCACGGCUCGCAGCCCGGGCUGGUGCUGGCGAUGGGGCAGGGCGAUCUUGGCCAGCUGGGCCUGGGAGAGGAUGUGAUGGAGAGGAAGUACCCAACGCUGGUGCCCCUGCCGGAGCUGAUCGUGCAGGCAGAAGCUGGGGGGAUGCACACGGUGUGCCUCAGCCACACAGGGAAGAUCUACACCUUUGGCUGCAAUGACGAGGGUGCCCUCGGACGCGACACCUCUGCAGAUGGGUCUGAGAGCAGGCCGGGGCUGGUGGAGCUGGAGGAAAAGGUGGUGCAGGUGUCUGCAGGGGACAGUCACACGGCUGCGCUGACGGAGGACGGCAGGGUUUUCGCCUGGGGCUCUUUCCGGGACAACAAUGGGGUGAUCGGCUUGGUGGAACCCAUGAAGAUCAGCCAUGGCCCUGUGCUGCUCCAGCUCAGUGUCUCCGUCAUUAAAGUUGUCUCAGGGAAUGACCACCUAGUGAUGCUGACAGAGGAUGGUGACCUCUUCACGUGUGGCUGUGGUGACCAGGGCCAGCUGGGGAGAGUGCCACAGCGCUUUGCCAACCGAGGAGGAAGGAGAGGUCUACCACGGUUGCUGGUCCCCCAGUGUGUCCCUGUCAGACGCAAAGGCAACAAAGGCAAAUUGCGUUUCCAGGAUGCCUUUUGUGGGUCUUACUUCACUUUUGCCAUCACAGAGGAGGGACACGUCUAUGGAUUCGGCCUCACUAACUACCAUCAGCUUGGCACCGAGGGCACCGAGCCCUGCUUCUCCCCGCAGAACCUGACGUGCUUCAAGAACUCCACCAAGACCUGGGUCGGCUUCUCGGGAGGGCAGCACCACACAGUGUGCGUUGACUCGGAGGGUAAAGCCUACAGCCUGGGCAGGGCAGAGUACGGCCGCCUGGGCCUCGGGGCUGGGGCACAGGAGAAGAGCAUCCCCACAGUCAUCCCUGAGCUGCCCAGCAUCUCCUCUGUAGCCUGUGGAGCUUCUGUUGGCUACGCUGUCAGCCGUGAUGGCCGAGCAUUCGCCUGGGGCAUGGGCACCAACUACCAGCUGGGCACAGGGGAGGAGGAUGACCUCUGGAGCCCCGCGCAGAUGGUGGGCAAGCAGCUGGAGAACCGCAUGGUGCUGGCCGUGUCCGGUGGUGGGCAGCACGCGGUGCUGCUGGUCAAGGACAAGGAGCACCAGCUCAGCUGAGCCCUGUGGGAUGAUGGGAGCUGCACACGCCCCCCCCCCCCACCUUUCACUAGGGAUUGGUGGUUGGUUUCCAGCUCUGGUGUCCCAGCACUGGCAGUGAGGAGGGCAGGAGGCUCCUGGAGCUGGGAGCAGACUCUGGGGCUGGAGCAAGCCUCUUCAGGGAUGCUCCUGGUUUCUCCCUGUGUGUUAUCUAUCUUCCCACAGUGCCCAGUGCUCUGUCAGCUCCCCUGGGUUGGCUUGGUCCUAAAUUUUUCAAGUUCUUAUGUUUGAAGCUAUUCCUGGCCUGGCAAAGCUGAGGUCCUUGUUCUUCACUAUACAGAAGGAUUUGAGCAUCAGGCUUUCCAUGUUCCAUCCCCGUAACCUAAACAUCUUUUACCUCUCCAGCACGGAUUUGUCUGCUGGCACCCACUGGACCCCUCUCGGCUCAUUCUGGGGGGAGCUCCUUGCCCAGGGGAGCUCUCGUCUCACACCAGUGCUUGGCGGGGACUCACUGCUGGGAGCCUGUGGGGGGGAUGCUGCUGGACAAUCCCGAUCCACACUGUACACCUUGGCUGCUGGGAAAGGGAAGGGGGACUCUGCCUCCCACCCAGCACCACUGACACAGCUGAGCCAACCCCAGUCAGCCAGGCCGGGAUCAGGUUCCCCCUCUCCUUCCUGCCUGGAGCAGCCUCCUCCAGCGCUGCUGUUUGUAGUCCCACUCUUUCCCAUUCCCUUUGGAAACCCAACUAAAUCCAUCCUACGGGUGGGGAUUUGGUUAUUUUAACUUGAUUUCCUCUGUCCUCUGCUGAGAAAGGAGCUGGAUUUGCUGUUAGGGACUUGCUGAGAAGACUGCCAAAGCACAGCUAUGCAUUGAGUCGCUUGAAACAGGGUUCCCUCCCCAUUGCCUCCAGUCUCCAUCCAGCUGGUCUCGUUCCCUCUGCCUGCCCUGCUCCAUCUUCUCUUUUCACGCUGCAUUCCAGGUACCUGGACUGAGAAGAGGGCUCUGCAGAGUUUCGGUUUUCUAUGUUAAGAUACAGCAAUAGGAGGAAGCUGGGGGGGGGGGGGCUGGGGCUUCACCAAUGUGUGAGAGUAGGUUGGGUUUUUUUAAAUAAAUGUAUUUUGGCUGAUUGAAGAAGACAGGGGAAAAGAAAUGUAAUCUUUUGCUAUUUGGAAUAAAACAAGCUUUGAUAAA